AUGGCUGCCCAGCCAUCGCGUAAACCUCCCGAUAAUGUGCUAUUUCGUGGUCCACCGCCUUCAUUGCCCCCAAUAGUUCUCUUACCGAAUAAUUUAUCAUGUGACAGUGCCAAUGAAAAUACUCUAAAGAACGCUAUCCUUGAAUCAACUGAAUACCCGCAUGGUUUAAACGAAAUAAACAACGUUGGAUUGCCAACUUUAGAUGAUCAAUACAAUGAAAUUAUAAAUCACAACAUGUCCGGAGGCAAUAGUGAUGAUUAUUGUUACAUCAACUUUAUACGAAGAGGUAGGAGUUUAAACGAUAUUGUAUCGGAUUUGUAUUAUGCUAGCACUACAGAAGAAAGCGAUAUAAGCAAUAUAUUAACUAGGUGUAGAUCAGAGCCAGAUCUUUCAAAGUACGAUUUGUAUCUUGAAGCUGAUGUUGUGGUAGAUAAUUCUGGGAUACAAGUUCCACCAUCACUAGUUCUUAAUAACCCCUUUUACGACAAUUCUAAUGCAUAUAAUAAUCCUCAUAUUAACCAAAAUAUGGUUGUGUUACCAGAAAACUACUUAGCCUUCGAGGACUCUUUUGUACCUUCCUGGGAUUAUAAACCAGAACUUCUCGUAGAUAAAGAUAUUAACACAGGAAUGUAUUACGACGGAUUACCUCUCAUACCUUCAAAUGAUCCCUGGUCACUUUACAACUCUAAUAACAAUCCUUACGAAUAUUAUUCACCCCAGUUUGAUAUGCCUAUUGCUGAUUGUAUGCAAUAUACGAGACUAAAUGAAUUAGAUUUUGGAAUACCGCAAUUCAUGAAUUUGCCACCGGAAGAAGCUAUUAAAAUUAAAGAAAUUGAUAUCAAUGAAGACGAUGCUUGUACGUCAGGGGGUACAGACACAAUAAAAGAUAAUUUUGAAGAUGCUCAAGUAGUUGCCCAAUUAAUACCUUCUCUUUCACCUAUCAAUAAGGAGGAUAACAAGGACAGUAUUAUAGAUUAUUUAACAAAUCGGGAAUCGUCAAGAAUCAGCGACGAAGAGUCAUUGAAUGCAGACACAUCAGUAGAUGUUACAUCUAGCUUAGCAUUCAUUCCAAGUAGUAAAAGUUCAGUGAGACCAACCCACUGCUCAGACGAUACCAGCGACGACACUUCGCCGUGUUCUUCUGAUUAUCAUGAAGCUUCUGCACUUGACUUAGCACACAGCUUAGAAGAGUUAUCGUGUGAUAGUGACGAAUUUUCACAAAGCAAAAGUGACCCUUCGCCCUUGUAUAUAGAGGAAAAUAAUAAAUUAGUUAAAAGUGAUUCCCAAGUGGAAUGCAAUAACAAUUUAUUAACGUCUAAUAAAAUACCAGUUACAGUGCCAUUAAGUCAACUACCAUCCAUUCCUGAUAUAAAGUCCUUAGAAAAUGAGCCCGGAGUAGGACCAACUCAGUCCCAAAACAAAGAUGUAAAUAAAUCAAAUUAUACGGUGCAGAAAGUGUCUAACACUGGCACGCUUAAAGAGGUUGAUCAAAUUAAAGCAUCUACCGUCGUUUCUCCAAAUGAACCAAUACAAGUGAAGCCAAUAAAACCAAUACCACAGCGUCCUCGUCCACCCGCAGUGCCUCCAGCUUGGUUGACCAAGCCUAGUAUAAAUGCUGUGAAUCGGAAUGUACCACAGAUUAACUUGCAAAACGCAGAAGGGUCAACAAAAAUACUGAAUAUACCAAAGAAGUUACAACAGACCAGUCAACUGAAACCUGAACCCCAGCCGUCUUGCUCCUAUGUACCUCCACAACCCCAGCAGGCACAAAUGUCGCAAAUGAAACCUGAUAAGCAACCGAAAGAAGUAGAGGUCAGCUUAUGCAUAUUUUUUACAUUAAAGUCACAUUAA